CGCUUUGAUUUCUCGUCCUGGAAUGUUGUCGUUGACGGUUGAGGAUCGUUUUCUGAACGUUUUUAAAUAGUAAUAGUAUUUUCAAAGAUGGAGAGAAAGAGUAUGUGUGAAAUAUGCAAGAAAGAUGAAGUGAAGUACACAUGCCCUCGCUGUAAUGUCAGAUACUGUGGACUGACGUGUUACAGAGAUGAACUACACACGGAUUGCUCCGAGGCUUUCUAUAAAGACUGCUGUAUGGAGGCUUUAGAGAAUGAGGAUGUAAGCUCUGAAGAAAAACAAAAAAUGUUGGAAAUGCUUGACCGAUUAGAAAAAGAAGAUGCAGAUAAUGAAUUGGAGGUGGAGGAGUGUGAGGAACUCUCUGAGCGCCUGACAGGACUUAAUUUAGAUACAGACACAGACCAGAUCUGGAACAGACUGACUGACCAAGAGAAGGCACAGUUCAAUAAAAUGGUCAAGGAUGGUCACCUUGGUAACCUUGUGGAAAUUUGGACUCCAUGGUGGAAUGUCAAGGAGGAGAAGAUAAGUGAAGUAGACAGUGUUAAGGAAACUCAAAUUCCAGCAGUGAUACAGAAAAUACCAGACAUCUCUAAACUACUUACGAAAUCCAAGCCAUCAGCUGACAUCAGGAACAACAUAGUGAAUGUCCUGUAUGCCUAUGUGUUUGUCUGUCGCCUGUAUAACGGUACACACUGGGACUGCCCGCAGGAAGCCGCUCUCAAACUGGUGAAUGCCAGUGAUGUGCUGACCAAUAAUUCUGUCUGUAGUAGUCCUAGUGAAGCAGUACAGCUCUGUAUGGCUAAUAGGGAAUGUCAGCAAUCCCAGGAUUUUUUGAUCGGUCUGGUGGACGAUGUUGUCAAGAUUCUACAAGGUCCAGGUGGAGGGGAGGAUCAAAGAUUUGUUAUGGCGGCCAUUUCAGAUAUCUUAAAGCUUCUAAAGAAAUGUCACAGUCAGUACAAGAAAGAUAUCAAGCUAUCUAGGGCGGCCUCCUCUGAUACCGGGGAGGAGAAGCAGCUACUGUACCGGGGGAUAAAGAAGGUGGAGUUCUACCUGGCCUGGUGCCAGAAAUGUGGAAUGGCCCUUCUGUCUGUCUUGCCAGAGCUCAGGCUAGAAUACAGUCGCCUCAUUGAGGAGUUAGAAGAAACCAAUCAGGUCAAAGAGAGCGUCACGAGGAACCUAACAGAGUUGCGUCCCCCUCCCACAGGGAGUAAAUUGAUAGAGGAGCUGACAUAGUCAUUCAGAUAGAGAGAUAAAGACAUUGGAGGAACUCAUGCAAUCCUCAGUACUUUAUCCCACACAUGGAGUCAAAACAAAAUUCCUAGUGCUCCAGCUUAUGAACAUAGAUUCCUCUUAACUUUGCAUUCAAGGAAGGGAAAAUAACUAAUGCAAAAGGAUGGCAUGUUAUUAUUUUGACUCUGUAUUGAAGUGCAUUUGAUUCUCCUACCAAACAUUAUUUUGGCUCUAUUGAAAUGCAUCAAAUUCUCUUACAGAGCAUAAAUAAACUAUUAUUUGUUACAGGAAGAAAGU